AUGAUGCUGAGAGCGACAGAAAGAGAAGGAAUGGAAUGCGAAAGGAAAUUGAUGCCGUUGCUGCUGCAUCAUUCUAGGAAUUGGAACCUAUUCGAGUAUCUAGUCACAAAAGCACAAAAGCAUUUGCGCAUUGUGGGCAAUUACAAUUCCUAUUUGGCGAUCUUAUCAGCACUAGAUUCGAGCCCCAUCCGGAGACUGGACUGGUCCAAACAUAUCACCGAUCUCUUGAAAGAACAUUCAGUCGUGAUGGACAGCUCACAUUCUUUCAAAAAUUAUCGCACUUUGCUGGGCGAAAGUCGUCCUCCAUGUUUGCCUUAUAUAGGUCUUGUUCUGCAAGAUCUAACAUUUGUACAUAUCGGGAACAGCGAUUAUCUCCCACCAGAACAAAGCAAUGGUAGAAAAAAUCUCCUAAACUAUGGCAAAAGAUGGCAACAGUUUGCCAUUCUAGAUAGUAUCCGAUGUUUCAAAAGCUGGAAUUACUCGAUAGAGAAGGAUGAAAAGGUUAUUCAGUUCUUUAAUGGAUUCAAUAAUUAUUUGAGUGAAGAUGAAAUUUGGGAUCUAUCAGAAUCAAUAAAACCGCGAACGCGAAAAAAUAAAUGA